ACAUUUAGCUGCACUGUGUGAGUGCGUGUUCUGGACUGAAUGACGCUGAGCGCUGGCUGGCAGUCGCUGGUAGAAGACGGUGAAAGUGAAAGAAGGACUCCAUAACUGUGGAAAGCACCAGAGCAGGCAGUCCCCACACCGGAGCAGAAGGGAGUCCCCACACCGACAGUCAUCACAGGAGGGAGAAAGAGCUCCGGGUCUGAGGCAGCAGCAGUUCAGCAGACACAGCCAUGGCUAACAUCGCGGUCCAGAGGAUCAGGCGGGAGUUCAAAGAAGUUCUCAAAAGCGAGGAGACAAGUAAAAACCAGAUAAGAGUAGAACUGGUGGAUGAAAACUUCACAGAGCUGAGGGGGGAGAUAGCAGGUCCUCCAGAUACACCAUAUGAAGGUGGCAGAUUUCAGCUUGAAAUUAAAAUCCCAGAAACGUAUCCUUUCAACCCACCAAAGGUGCGUUUCAUCACUAAGAUCUGGCACCCUAACAUCAGUUCUGUGACAGGAGCAAUCUGUCUGGACAUUUUAAAAGACCAGUGGGCAGCAGCUAUGACCCUGAGGACGGUGCUGUUAUCUCUACAGGCUCUCCUUGCUGCAGCAGAACCAGAUGAUCCCCAGGAUGCAGUUGUAGCAAACCAGUACAAGCAGAAUGCAGAAAUGUAUAAACAGACAGCGAGGCAGUGGUCUCACGUCUUUGCAGGCGCGCCUGUCUCCACUCCAGACUACAACCGCAAAAUAGAUAAACUCUGUUCCAUGGGCUUUGAAAAGAAUGCAGUAGUAGCAGCCUUGUCUUCAAAAUCCUGGGAUGUGGAAACGGCGACAGAGCUGCUCCUUAACAACUAAAACGUAGCCAGGUGUGAGGAUCCCCAACUCCCAUUGUCAUAACAUCAGCUCCCCCCCAGCAUCCAUUCCACCAUUGCCUUGUGUUACACAGACGACCCCCCCCCCCCCCCCAUUCACCACAGCAGUCUGAGCCUUCUUUAUAACAAGUCGGUUUGCUACGAACUCAACACCACAAUCUCCAAUAUGCACACCACCCUGCCUGUUCAUUACCGUCUACUCUUCCACUAACUCAACACCUUUACUUGUAAUAGACCACCAAACACCUUCGAUCAUGCAUCUUGUAUUCCAUGCCCAUUAUUUACAUCGGAUCUGAAACUUUCUUUCCCACAUAUCUUUGUACCUGAAUAUUGCAAACAAUCAAAUAACUGCCAUUGCUGGAGGAGUUUAAACAAUGUCAACAAAGUCCUGCAUACUGCUCUCAGAGUACGUCAGCAUUCCCUCUCCAGCAAAUGGUUGACCCUGGUCUUGCUGUAUUAAAUUGACUGGACUGGGUAGUGUUCUGCAAAGAGCAAUAGAAUGGAUUUUUCCUGAGCAGUUUCUCAGAUGCUUUAAUUACCUGCAGUUUUUUUUCCAAUCUGUAGAUGUAGGUAAGAUCACACAAACAUCUGCACAGAAGUUAUCUGUAAAUAGAUGCGUGUACAUUUGAAAAUACAAUGGGAUAUACUUUUUCUUUUCUUACAUGGCAUUGUAGAACAAAUUAUUUUAAAUAUAAACUAUGCCUAGUUUACAACUAUACGGAGAGAUAUGUUUAUAUGCUUUGUGAUUUACGAGAAAGCCCUCUGAAUGGCCCGUUUCUUUUCUUUUUACUAAGAUUGUUGUUUAGGGAUGACGCAACAUCCUGGUCCUAGUGGGACAGGAGCUGAGAGCCCGCUCAGGCCCCUGGAGGUCAUAACAUGCCAUCUUUUCUUCUUUGCAUGCUCUCUGCUGCCUUUUAUUUUAUUUGGCCAAGCGAUGUGGUGAUGGGGGGGUGUCUGUUCAUUUCAACAUAACUUUGUAAUCUGAAGAGAGACAGCUGGAAGCUCUCCCAGUGGUAUCCGUAGGGAACCAGUCUUUUCUGUUGAGUGUUGGUGGAAAAUCUUCUGAACAGAUUUGCACGGCACCAGCAGAAAAUAGUGAUUCUGAAUUUCAUCAAUUGUUUUGAGUUUGCAAUGCCGUGUUUGUUGAUUUCAGAGGAAUCACUUUCAGCCACGUAUCAAGGACCUGCUCACCCUCAGUCCUGCUGAUGUAGAACAUUUUAGAGAGGGUUAUCGCUCGCCACCAGACAUGCUUUGCUACUCAGCCAAAUAAAAUGUUCAUGGAAGUUGUGUUAUGAGUAAUAAAAUAGGCUGGCACUCUGAAGCACAUAGCAGGCCUGCAGUGUUUUCAGACAUUUUAGAUUUGAGGUACAAGGACUAUGAAGAAAUGCUCAGCAUAAAGGGAAGUGGGGUGUCAAUGAAUCCUCACAUGGCUUCUUUUAAAAAUAGGAAAUAUCUUUUGCUCUACCAACGCAGUGGCAUAUUACAGUACUUUUAUUCUCCAGUGAAUUCCCCGCCAGACAGAGCCAGAAGAAACACGGUUCAGAGGUAGAGGAGCGCACCAUUUCUGUUCAUUGUAAAUAGCCCAGUUCUUAAGAGCUGUGUCACGACUCACGAGUGCACCAUUGAUGGCUGGAUCUAUAUUUUGUAAGAAAAAAGGAAGGACAAAAAAUAGGAAUGAAGCCCCCUCCCUGGUUUUUCUCACUAUGUACUAUAUUGCACGAUGAAGCAUUAGAUAAGGGGCUGUUUGCAUCUCAGUUUCUCCAUUUGGAUUGAGACUUAUUUUCCUCUUGUUUCCUUGAAAGUGAGCAUCAGCAGUAUCAAAAGCAUGGUUAUUUAUUGUGACAGUGUCAUGUUUCUUUGAUUAAAAAAAAAAAGUGGAAAAUCUA